AAAGUUGCUUGAAGUAAGUCUACUCUUGCCACACGACUGAGGAGUGGUUGUAAAUGCGGAUUAUGCACCUCUUCCUCGUUAUCUUAUCUCCUCGAACUGAAUGUGUUACCUGACGUUGCAUUGCUCAACUAAAUAUAACCAGGAAUUUAAGUACACGAGUGGUAAGAAAAUGUCCGUGACCAAUCUGAGUGCACAUUCGAUGGGAGGAGGUGGGGGAGACCAGGAAGUCGUCCACACGGCGGAAUACCUCUCUUGGAGAAAGCUGCACCUGGCCAAGUCAAAAUUGUCGAAUGUGUGCGAGAUGGCUUCGUUUAUGGCUGGGUUUGCAGUGGUGGCCACGGUAGAGUUGCAAAUCAACGACGAGGAUGCAAAUCCAGCCCUUCUUGUCGCCUUUGUCGUCACCACUGCUCUUCUCGUGGGCACUUCCAUGAUGGCAAUCAUGAUCUCGACCUGCUUGCUCCCACACAUUCAGGCUGUGGCGAAAAUGUCGCUGAUUUCGCAAGUUGGUCAAUCUCCCCAUGAGAGGAUGGCCCAUCUCGUCGAUCUUUCCUGGGUUAUGGCCAACACGGCCUCACUCUUCUUCUUCACUUUGGAUGUAAUUCUGCUCUGUUGGAUCAAGUUCACCUAUUUUUCCCCAGCCGCCUCGAUCGCCGCCACGGCCAUCAUGGGGCCCGUACUCGUCAUAAUUCUUCUCUUCGGGGUCGCAUUUUACAGGAAAAUUACAAAACAUCAGUACGUUCUGUCCACCAUGAAGUUCGAAGAGCUGGAGCGGAUGAAGGAACAGUUGGACAGAGAGGACUCGCUUGUUCUCGCCAUGUCGAAAGCGGGAUCCGCCGCCACGAUGCACACGGUCCAGUCCAACCAAAAUCUUCAAAAUCAGCCAUCCCACAGAGUACUUCAAGCCCUCCAGAGGUACGAUUCCCCUCGAGCCUCGCUAAGGUCACGCGACUCGUCCGACAGCGAGGGCUCGUUUUCUAAGAGGUCGAGAAGUAGAGGCUCUAUUUUCAUCGUGUAAUUUAACUUAGGUAGGAUUAAUUUUGUAAUUUCGGCGCCAAUCGUAAUUAAUUUUCUUAUUUAAACGCACACUUAAAUUAUGUACUAUUGGCAGAUAAUAACAUUUUUUAAAGAAUGAUUUAUUCAAC